CCCUCUCCGCCCGCCCCGCUCCGCGCCCCGCAGCCUCCACCGCCGCUCCCCGCUCCGUUCCCCGCGCGUCGCCGGGGUGGGGGCCGGCGGGGGAAGGCCCCCGGGAUGGCCCCGGUGCUGCUGUGGCUGUUGGCUUUGGUGGCGGGGGGCCCGGCGGGAGCUCAACCCCCCCUCCCCGCCGCUUCGGAGCCCGCGUGCCCCGUGUGCGUGUGGCGGAGGCACAGCAAAGAGCUGCGGCUGGAGAGCAUCAAGUCGCAGAUCCUCAGCAAGCUGCGGCUGAAGGAAGCGCCCAACAUCACCCGCGAGGUGGUGAAGCAGCUGCUGCCCAAAGCGCCGCCGCUGCAGCAGAUCCUCGACCUGCACGACUUCCAGGGGGACUCGCUGCAGCACGACGAGUACCUGGAGGAGGACGAGUACCACGCCACCACCGAGACCGUCAUCAGCAUGGCCCAGGAAACCGAUCCCGUGGUGCAGAUCGAGGGCAACCCCCACUGCUGCUUCUUCAACUUCAGCCCCAAGAUCAUGUUCACCAAAGUGGUGAAGGCUCAGCUGUGGGUGUACCUGCGCCCGGUGCAGCACACCUCCACCGUCUACCUGCAAAUCCUCCGCCUCAAGCCGGUGACGGAGGAAGGCAGCCGUCACAUCCGCAUCCGCUCGCUCAUCGACCUCAACUCCCGCAUCGGGCACUGGCAGAGCAUCGACUUCAAGCACGUGUUGCAGAACUGGUUCAAGCAACCUCAGAACAACUGGGGCAUCGAGAUCAACGCCUUCGACCCAAACGGCAACGACCUGGCGGUCACUUCGUUGGGACCCGGAGCUGAAGGGCUGCACCCCUUCAUGGAGCUGCGGGUGCUGGAGAACAACAAACGCUCGCGGAGGAACCUGGGCUUGGACUGCGACGAACAUUCCACCGAAUCGCGCUGCUGCCGCUACCCGCUGACCGUCGACUUCGAGGCGUUCGGGUGGGACUGGAUCAUCGCCCCCAAGAGGUACAAAGCCAACUACUGCUCGGGGCAAUGCGAGUAUAUGUUCAUGCAGAAAUACCCGCACACCCAUCUGGUGCAGCAAGCAAACCCACGCGGCUCGGCCGGGCCGUGCUGCACGCCCACCAAGAUGUCCCCCAUCAAUAUGCUCUACUUCAACGACAAGCAGCAGAUCAUCUACGGCAAGAUCCCGGGCAUGGUGGUGGAUCGCUGCGGCUGCUCGUAGAGCUGCGCCUCCGCCUGAAGGACGGAUUCCUCCUCUGCUAUUUUUUUCUUUUUCUUUUUUUGGUUGUCGGUUUGGUUGUUUUUUUUUUUUCCUGAUUUUUUUCGAUUUUUUUUUUUUUUUUUUU